ACUUAAUCUUUGGAUUGAAGAGCCAGAAUGGAUUCGUUUUGGAGUUUUUGUGGUUAAUGUUAAAUAAACGAGUGUUUUUUUUCUGGUGAAGAAUGUUUGGUGUUUAGAUUUGCUUGCAUUAUUAGGCGUGAUAAACAUGAUUAUUCGUAUGAUCGUAUGAUGUAUUUUUGCGGGAAUAAUUAGGUAAACAAAAAUGCAUAAACUGAAGUCGUCACAAAGAGAUAAAGUGAAGAAGUUCAUUGCGUUCACGCAGACAGGAGAGAACACUGCUAUAUUCUGCCUGGCGCAGAACGACUGGAAGCUGGACUUGGCGUCCGACAAUUACUUUCAGAACCCAGAUGUGUACUUCCGAGAGCCGCGGACCACUGUGGACAGAAAAAAGCUGGAGCAGCUCUUUGCUAAAUACAAAGACCCGGCGGAGCCCGACAAGAUGACGGCAGACGGCAUCGUCCGGUUCCUGGACGACCUGGGCCUCAGCCCCGACUCGAAGCUGGUGUUGAUCAUCGCGUGGAAGUUCCGGGCGGCCACGCAGUGCGAGUUCUCGCGCGAUGAGUUCAUGACCGGCAUGCUGGAGCUGAGCUGCGACAGCGUGGAGAAGCUGAAGCUGCGCCUGCCGGGCCUCGACGCGGAGCUCAAGGAGCAGCAGCGCUUCAAGGACCUGUACCACUUCACGUUCAGCUACGCCAAGAACCCGGGCCAGAAGGGGCUGGACCUGGACAUGGCGCUGGCCUACUGGAACAUCGUGCUGCGCGGCCGCUUCUGCUUCCUCGAGCUGUGGUGUCGCUUCCUGCAGGAGCACCAUCGACGCUCCAUCCCCAAGGACACGUGGAACCUGCUGCUCGACUUCGCGCUCAUGAUCAACGACGACAUGAGCAACUACGACGAGGAGGGGGCGUGGCCGGUGCUCAUAGACGAGUUCGUGGAGUACGCACGGCCGCUGGUGUCGCGCCGCCAGUCCCCGCACAGCACGCAGGCCUAGCACGGACGCUGCGAGCUGCUUCUGUGGAACCCUGUUAUCACAUUCGUGUUCGUGCUCUGUAUGAGUGGAAACUUUGCUACAGGGUAAAAAUACUUUUUAAAUAAAAGGUUUGUGGAUCAAGAGAGAAUAGCAAAUGAAACACGUUGCUGACAGGAAUGUUAUAACAAGGCUCCACUGCAGCAGAGCUCCAGGCGGUUUUGGUGAUAAAAAAAUAUUUAUUUAUAGAAAUUGAUUUGAGAAAAUGAACCUUGUUGGUAUGCUUUUUAUCAGGACUGUGCGGAACACUAAAAUUCUGGAAAAAAUUAAGGGUUAUUCUCAAGCGGGUAAAAAAAAAAAUCAUAUCUCAAAAGAAAAUUCAUAUUUUUUUUGCAUUUUUAAUGGUAGUUAUACUGAGGGAAUUUUAAUUUCAACUACAUCACGGGAUGUAACUUUAAGGGUUGCUUGGAGACAAAACUAACACCCCCGUUAUCAGUUAAUGCAAUUUACUGGGAAGAGAACCUAUCAAGUCAUCAAAAACCGAUAAAACUGUAAGUACACUGAUAAAGAUAAAUCCUUGUGUGUUAAACAGCUCAUGAUACACAGCAUCUGUCAGAUAAUUAGUUUCCUUCCAAAAAUGGUAAGGUGAAAUAAAUUUUUAAAUAACAUAUAGAGGAAAACAUGCUGUGAUAUAUUUUUUUAUUAGAUAAUACACAGCGACAAGUUGGAUGCAGGUUUGCCCACGUAACAUUAAGUGAAGUAAUUGUCGCUGGCAAUGUUUAUCUUGACAGCUCAGGCAAUUAUCCUUUCUUGCGAGACUGAUGAAAAAACAACAAUUUUUACGUUGUUCAUCUCUACAUAUUUUGUUUGCUUCGCAUGUUUACAUAUUUGCAAACUGAGCCUUAAGUUAUCACAUUUUUUUGUUCCAGGUUAAGUACGACAUUUCAGAAAAUAUCUUAGUCCAGAAAGUAAAUAUAUUGAUUGUACCUUGUAAAAGUUUGGGCGGAAGAAUUUAACUUUUUUUAUUAUUGUAUAGUGAUGUCAACAUUACGAAACCAAGUUGUCCUAUAUGGCUAUUCAUGAAAAAGCUUUUGGCCUAUGGAAAGACACAAAGUUUUACGAUUUUUUAGUUUUCUCAAAAAUGAUUGAUUUUAGUGAUUUUUCUAUUAUAUAAUGUUUAAAAGAGAAUUAAAUUUCUUACCAUUUUCAUUCUGAUCUCUUUUUUGUAGUGCACUUACUCCAUUCAUACCACGAUAAGACAUCGGAAUAAAAA